CGCCCAAUCGAUUUUUUUUUUCAAAUCUGACAUUUAGAAAUUAUAUCGCUGUGGCUUGUUCAAGUUGAAAAAGUAAUUGAAAUUGUAGCAUAAAGUUGGUUUAUCGUUUAACUAUUGAUUAUUUUUUAUUACUGCUGUGAUGAGUGCAAAAAAGUAUUUAAAAACUGUGCCUUCCCAGCAGCCAGCUCAACCAGCAGCUAAAACAGAAAAGGAAGAGCAGCUGUGGAACGCAUUAAAGCGUCAUAUUAUGAGGGAAAGAGAACGGAAAAAACAAGAAUUGGAAGCCGAAGUUGAAGAGGAGCGUCUUCGAAAGGAGCGUGAGGCUCGUGAAAAGCAAGACGUGAUGACUCUGGGUGAAACAAAAGAGCAAAUUCAAAUGCUGGAGAAAACUCUCCAAGAACUUCGUAAUGAGAAGCAGCAACUAUUUUUGCAGCUUAAAAAAGUCUUGAACGAAGAUGACAAUCGCAAGCGUCAGAUGAAGGAAUCGGUGGAAAUGUUUGCUAUACAUAACAUUCCACAGCAACAAAUUUUCCUUCCGCAGCGAACCACACCGAAUGUCCCCCCACAUCAACAGCAUCUUAUUCACAAGGCUAAUCCACCGGUAAAUGUGGUUAAGCGAACACACAGUCCUUCACCGCAAGGCUAUUACAAACAGCCAAAUCCAUCUCAGCAGUAUGCACCUCCUCAAACGCAAAAAAUCGAGGAGGGCAGACGAGGCCCGGGUGAAGUGGCCCGUGCCGUUCUGUGGAACAAGUCGCAGUACUGCCCACCCGGAACGUUAUUCUAUCCGACAGGUGCACCACCGCCAAACUCACAGGAUAAUCGUCAACCACAACCAACACAAAUUAUUUACCCAUCUUAUCAAGGAAACAUUGCACCUAUGCCGAUUUGUCAGCCUUAUCACGUUGAUAUACCACCACAACAAGGGCUUCCACAGGCAACUCAGAAGACGCCGGAACUGGUGAAACCUGUACCGGCACCAGCUCCAGGUAAUGUUUAUCACAUUACGCUCGACCAGCAUGGAAAUCCACAGCCUGCGCAAAAUCCUGGCCCACCUCCUCAGUUGAAGGCUAUAACGAUUGAAAAAAUCCCGCAAGACCGAGGAGUGCCGUAUCACAUUGAGUUGAAACAUGACGAUCGUAAGGAUAUGCGUCAACCGCAACCUCCUCCUCCACAACCGCCGCAGCAGGCAACCCAUCUGCCGGAAGGAAUUGUGUACACUUCUGCUCUCCGGCCGGGGGCAAUUCCAAUGCAUGCCAUUGCCUCCAACCAGCAAAUGCCGAAGGGGGGCAGCAUUACGCAGGGCUAUCCGCCGGUGCGACCGCCGCCGAUUACAAAUCCAUCCCAACAGCAACCAACACCGAUGCAUUAUCAGAGACAUCGUUAUUAGGUUAUAGUAUCAGUGUUUUGAAGUUGCUAGUGGACUUGCAAUUUGUGCAAAAUUAAUAGGGAUAACGGGGAUAUGUUGCAUUUUUUUUCUUUCAAACUUUCAAUCAGUAAAGCAUAGUAACUGAGCUCCGGACAAUAUGUAUUUGUUUUUUUUUGGUUUCACAAUGUGUCAAGAAUCUUACGCAAAAAUUUUUGUUUGAUAAAAGUAAAUAAAAAGAAACAUGUUUUAUUCACGAGUUUAA